AUGUUACUCGGAUGUAUCGGCUCCCACCACGACAUUGGGCCCUUUCUAAGAUCAAGGGAUCGCAACAGGGCUAUGAACAACCAGUUUAAGGUCUUGUUCAGGCAAUCGGAGGCGGAAUUCAAGUCGUUUAUGAGACUGACGAAGCGUCAGUUUUAUGAAGUACUGGCACUUAUUGAGGAUGACAUCGCCAAGGAUAGCUCAACUUCCAGGAUAGGAAUAUCUGCAAAGGAGCAGCUCAUGGUCACUCUGCGUUAUCUAGCUGGGGGAGAGAACCAUAAGACUCUCUCGCUUUAUUUUAUGAUUGGCCGACCUACGAUUUCAAAAUUCAUCCCGAAAGUUUUGAAGGCCAUCAUUACACACUUGGGGCCUAUUCACGCUAAGUAUGUGAACACUAUCGGAGCUAUUGAUGGUAAGCACGUGGUAAUGAUCAAGCCAAGAAGUUCAGGAUCUACAUACUUUAAUUAUAAAUAA